AUGGCCGGUGGCGUCGACCGCCUAUCUGAUCUCCCCGACGAGCUCCUCCUGCGUGUUCUCCGCUUCGUCCCAGCCAAGCAGGCCGCGCUCUCGCGGCGAUGGCGCUCGCCGCUCUGCCACUCCUCCGGCGCCGUGAACCUCGAGACGUUCGUCGAGGCCGCCAAGGCCCUCUUCUUCUCCCGCCGCGACGCCUUCGUGUCCGCGGCCGUGGCGGCGCUCGACGCCGCCGACGUCCCCGUCACCAGGCUCGCCCUGCGCCUCGAGUACAGCUACCUCGACUCGAUCUGGACGUUCCUGGACCUGGACCCUGACAGGUACAGUGGGUCGCCCGCGCGGGACGGCUACGUGCUCGCCAGCCUGCUCUCCCACCCGGCGGCGCGCCGCGUGCAGGAGCUCCGCCUCGUCGACGUCGAAUACGACGGCAGCCGCGGCCGCAUCCACGACCGCCAGGAGGGCGAGGUCGACGUCGCUCUCUCCUUUGGCGGUCUGGUGGGCGUCUUCGUGCUCAGCCUCGGCACCCUGCCGUCAGAGAACCUCCGCCUGCUGGACCUCGCCAACUGCUGCGAACUCGUCCCGCCGCCGCCGGCCGCUCCCGUCGUGUUCCCGCGGCUCUCGUCGCUACGGAUGCGCCAUUGCACCACGCGGCUCGACACCCUCCAGAGCCUCAUCGACGCCGCGCCGGCGCUUGCCGACGUCUGCCUGGAGUCCGUCGUCUUCGCCCAGCAUGACGACCGAUGCCGGCCACCGUAAAAAGCCCUGCUCCGCUUCCCGGCGGCCACCGUGCUCGUCCUGGAGAGGUGCAACUGGGCGCAGAA